AUGAGUCACCUCAUUCCCUUAGAAAUCACCCAGUUCCUCAAAACCCAAACAAUUGCAACUGAUAUUGCAAGAAAAGUUCUUCGCCAAGCAAUAAAAGGUGAAAAUAUUGAUGGAGAUUUAGAAAGCAGCUUGUACUUGGUAUUUCAAGCUUUAUUAGUCAACAAUCCAUCGAAAUCAAAGAUCUCUGAAAUACUGACUUCCAUAAAACUGGGCGAGGAAUUUAUAUCAGAAAUAUUGCAAAGCUGGGAUGAUAUUCCAAAGCCACGCUAUGGGGUUGUUUUCCCACAGCUUGUGGAUGUGAACUGGAAAUCUUCACAUGUAAUUUCUACAUCUGAGGAAAAGAGAAUUCAUUUGCCUUCUUUAUCAGUCAAUUUGAACAUCCAAGAAGCUUCUGGAGAAUUUUCAAGUUUAUCUUUCACUUGCAAUCGUGAACAAUUAGCUGAUUUAACUUAUAAAUUGAAAUCUGCACUAUUGCAGGUAGAAAGGUUUAAAUAA